AUGCAGGUCAACGAGCAAGCUCAUCAGAGCAACCAAGGCACGAGGAAGCCACCAUUCUUCUUCCGUGAGGAGUACGCGGGCUACAUUGUCAAGGGAAACUUCAUGACUUUGGCCGCCAAACCACACCUCGUUGAAGAGGGCGAGUGGAUGUCUCACCAAAUCGUCGAGCAAAACCGCAACCUCAGUGGCAUGCUGAAGAUCGUCCAAGAGGCAGACCGGAGCACUGGGCUCCCCAUCUGCAAUGAGAAGACUUGUCCAGCCAUGUCUGCCGGCUCCACCACGUAUUCUUGGAUGGACACCAACCGCAACCCCAUCAAUCUCCCAGCCCCCACGUACGUCAAGCACAUCCAGACAUGGGUCGCUGGCAAGAUCUUCGACGACACCCUCUUCCCAACCCUCACCUUCCAGACCCCACCGACUUUGCCCAACCCGCAGCAAGUCUCCAGCGAUCCCAACCAUUGGCUGGGCAAGACGUCUGGCUUUCCUCAGCGAUUCGAGUCUGAGAUCAAGAACAUGUACAAGCAGAUGUUCCGCUGCUACGCUCACCUCUACUGGUCCCAUUGGCUCGACUUCUGGAACUUGGGUGCUCACCGCGAGCUGAACACGUGCUUCGUGCACUUCGUCAACGUCGGCAGAAUCUUCGGACUGCUCUCCGAUCGAGACACCGAGCCCAUGCAACCACUCAUCGACUUGUGGAUCCGCAAGGGCGACCUUCCUCAGUCCAAGGAGAACGAGAGUGCCCAAGCUUCCGCCACGGCAUCGACUCCAACAGCUGCUGGCUCUGCUGCCUCGACGGCCAGCACUGCACCACCAAGUUCGGGUGCCGACGGAUCUUCUGCUUGA